CAUUUUGUAGUUGUCGGACAGAAUUACCAACCGUUAAACUUCCACGCGCAAACUACAAGAAGAAAAAAUCGACAGCACGAAACCACAUGAAUUCAAGAACAUGCACGGAUUUGCCCAAUCUGCGACAUCACAAACUAUAUUAAGCUUAAAUCCGUUCGCCUUCGUUUCAAGAAACUCAAGUUAUCCACCACUUGCUUGCGGAAUCUGGUAUGGGCAUAACGUCGAACAUCUGGUGUGCAAAGGUCAGACCUUUUUACACAGUUACCGAAGCGACUGUCACUGCCGCAGCAGCAAGAAGAAAAUAGGGAGUUUCAGAAUCAGAGCAAGUGGGAGGGAGUCGCCGUACGAGGUUUUGGGGGUUCCGUCGUCUGCUUCCACCAAAGAUAUCAAAAGGGCUUACAGAAAACUUGCUCUUCAGUAUCACCCAGAUGUUAACAAGGAGGCUGGUGCUCAGGAAAAAUUUAUGAGGAUUAAGCAUGCAUAUAACACACUACUGACCUCUAAAUCCAGAGGUAAAUAUGAUGCUGGAAAUCGGGGAUCUGAUUAUUCAUAUUCCACAACUGGAAGUUACCAAACAAAGACGAGAGAAGCAGAAGAAGAGUUCUACGGAUUUGGUAACUUGUUCAGGGAUGCCCAAAUAACAAUAGAGGACUUCUUCAGAGAUCUUCAGGAAGAAUUUUGCAAUUGGGAGGCAACUGCUUCUAACCAAGGAAAGCCAAAGAGCUUGUGGGAAGAACUGUCGGAAAUUGGAGAAGAGUUUGUUGAGUUCCUAGAGAAAGAGCUGAACAUUACAGAAGUCGAAAAUAACGGAGAAACUUUUUCGAAAAACUACGAAGCGAAGCCAAGUGCAAGUGCUGAUCGAAAGGACGGUGAUAAACGGAGCAGCAUUGAUGAAAAUAUAGACGAGAUUGAAGCGACCCUUGCCCAAUUAAAAAGGGAAUUGGGCCUCUAAUUAAGAGGAUGAAUUGCAAUUUUAGAAUGUGUAUUUUCAAAUUCUUCACUUUUAAAUGGCUCUUGAUAUUCAUGUACUCUAUAUUCUAUACACCGACAAAGAACGUACAAAUUUCUAAAUUCUGCUGCAUUUCCUC